GACUAUGUAAAUGGUGGUGCCACAUUUGUGUAUUUUUUUUUAAAGAUUUUUUUUGAGUCUCUACUACGGAUCUGGCACUGUUCUAGGUACAGGAAAUAUGGAAACAGGCCCUCUCCUCCGAGGAGCUUACACUCCAAGAGGUAUUUAUGACAGGGAAGAGGAGACCCAGAAAUAGUUAAGUAAACACACAAAUGUACAAGAAUGGCAAACUUAGCAUUUCUUGAUUGAAUCGUAGGGGUCCAGUAAGUAUUCAGUAACUUUAAAACACUUAUCCAACGCUGUACGAGUUUAACUAUAUCUCCUAACGGUGAUUACAGGAGCCCGUGAUUCAUUCACAGCGGCAGGAAAGGGUUAUUUGAUCUGAUCCCUCAAGUUCCGAAGGCAGGAGGUCAGACGAUCGGCCCCAUUUGGCAGCCAGGGAAAGUUAAGCAUUUUGGCCAAGGUUACACAACCCUAAACACCGGGACGCGGCCCGGACGCGGCUUCGGCUUUGCGUUCCAGGCCAGGCCACUGCGCCGGGGCCCAGCCUGCUCGGCGCCUGCCCGAGUGCUCGCCAGGCCGGUCGCUCCGCGGCUCCCAGGAUCCGGCGAGGAGCCGGCGCGCAGGCGGCGGUUGCAGGGCCCUCCCUCGGCCCGACGGCGGUGGCGGCCCAGCGUCGCGAGGCACUUCCGGCGCGUGCCGGGGUGGCCGGAUGACGUGGCUGAGUCAGAGGAAGAGGCUGAGGAGGCACGCGGGGCGGGGGAGGCUCAGGAGCGGGCGGUGACGGUGACGGCGACGGCGGCGGCAGAGGAGGCAGCGGCUGGGCCCGGGCCCCGUGCGUCUGUCCGCGCCCCGUGGAUGCGAAUCGGCCGCAGCGGAGGCGGCGGCGGCGGAGGAGGAGUCGGUGGGCCGGCUCCGGGCCGGUGGGGCGCGGAGGAUGAGGCCGCUGCCUGGCGCUCCAGGCGUGGCGGCGGCCGCCGCGCUGUUGCUGCUGUUGCUGCCACGGGCCCGGGCGGACGAGCACGAACAUACGUAUCAAGAUAAAGAGGAAGUUGUCUUAUGGAUGAAUACUGUUGGGCCAUACCAUAAUCGUCAAGAAACAUAUAAGUACUUUUCACUUCCAUUCUGUGUGGGGUCAAAAAAAAGUAUCAGCCAUUACCAUGAAACUCUGGGAGAAGCACUUCAAGGGGUUGAAUUGGAAUUUAGUGGUCUGGAUAUUAAAUUUAAAGAUGAUGUGAUGCCAGCCACUUACUGUGAAAUUGAUUUAGAUAAAGAAAAGAGAGAUGCAUUUGUAUAUGCCAUAAAAAAUCACUACUGGUACCAGAUGUACAUAGAUGAUUUACCAAUAUGGGGUAUUGUUGGUGAGGCUGAUGAAAAUGGAGAAGAUUACUAUCUUUGGACCUACAAAAAACUUGAAAUAGGUUUUAAUGGAAAUCGAAUUGUUGAUGUUAAUCUAACUAGUGAAGGAAAGGUGAAACUGGUUCCAAAUACUAAAAUCCAGAUGUCAUAUUCAGUAAAAUGGAAAAAGUCAGAUGUAAAAUUUGAAGAUCGAUUUGACAAAUACCUUGAUCCGUCCUUUUUCCAACAUCGGAUUCAUUGGUUUUCAAUUUUCAAUUCCUUCAUGAUGGUGAUCUUCUUGGUGGGCUUAGUUUCAAUGAUUUUAAUGAGAACAUUAAGAAAAGAUUAUGCUCGGUACAGCAAAGAGGAAGAAAUGGAUGAUAUGGAUAGAGACCUAGGAGAUGAAUAUGGAUGGAAACAGGUGCAUGGAGAUGUAUUUAGACCAUCAAGUCACCCACUGAUAUUUUCCUCUCUCAUUGGUUCUGGAUGUCAGAUAUUUGCUGUGUCUCUCAUCGUUAUUAUUGUUGCAAUGAUAGAAGAUUUAUAUACUGAGAGGGGAUCAAUGCUCAGUACAGCCAUAUUUGUCUAUGCUGCUACGUCUCCAGUGAAUGGUUAUUUUGGAGGAAGUCUGUAUGCUAGACAAGGAGGAAGGAGAUGGAUAAAGCAGAUGUUUAUUGGGGCAUUCCUUAUCCCAGCUAUGGUGUGUGGCACUGCCUUCUUCAUCAAUUUCAUAGCCAUUUAUUACCAUGCUUCAAGAGCCAUUCCUUUUGGAACAAUGGUGGCCGUUUGUUGCAUCUGUUUUUUUGUUAUUCUUCCUCUAAAUCUUGUUGGUACAAUACUUGGCCGAAAUCUGUCAGGUCAGCCCAACUUUCCUUGUCGUGUCAAUGCUGUGCCUCGUCCUAUACCGGAGAAAAAAUGGUUCAUGGAGCCUGCAGUUAUUGUUUGCCUGGGUGGAAUUUUACCUUUUGGUUCAAUCUUUAUUGAAAUGUAUUUCAUCUUCACAUCUUUCUGGGCAUAUAAGAUCUAUUAUGUCUAUGGCUUCAUGAUGCUGGUGCUGGUUAUCCUGUGCAUUGUGACUGUCUGUGUGACUAUUGUGUGCACAUAUUUUCUACUAAAUGCAGAAGAUUACAGGUGGCAAUGGACAAGUUUUCUCUCUGCUGCAUCAACUGCAAUCUAUGUUUACAUGUAUUCCUUUUACUACUAUUUUUUCAAAACAAAGAUGUAUGGCUUAUUUCAGACAUCAUUUUACUUUGGAUAUAUGGCGGUAUUUAGCACAGCCUUGGGGAUAAUGUGUGGAGCGAUUGGUUACAUGGGAACAAGUGCCUUUGUCCGAAAAAUCUAUACUAAUGUGAAAAUUGACUAGAGACCCAAGAAAACCUGGAACUUCAGAUCAAUUUCUUUUUCAUAGGGGUGGAACUCGCACAGCAAAAACAAACGCAAGAAGAGAUUUGGGCUUUAACACACCGGGUACUUUGUGGGUCUCUCUUUUGUCGAUGGCUUAAAGUAACAUCUAUUUCCAUUGAUCCUAGGUUCUUACUGACUGCUUUCUCCAACUGUUCACAGCAAAUGCUUGGAUUUUACGCAGUAGGCAUUACUACAGUACAUGGCUAAUCUUCCCAAAAACUAGCUCAUUAAAGAUGAAAUAGACCAGCUCUCUUCAGUGAAGAGGACAAAUAGUUUAUUUAAAGCAUUUGUUCCAAUAAAAUAAAUAGAGGGAAACUUGGAUGCUAAAAUUACAUGAAUAGGAAUCUUCCUGGCACUUAAGUGUUUCUAUGUUACUGAAAAAUGAUGUUCCAGAAAGAUUACUUUUUUCCUCUUAUUUUUACUGCCAUUGUCGACCUAUUGUGGGACAUUUUUAUAUAUUGAAUCUGGGUUCUUUUUUGACUUUUUUUUUCCCCCCAAUCCAACUGCAUCCUUUUUUUUUUUUUUUUAAGAGGGAAUUAGAAAAUAUUAAAUCCUGCAUGUAAUAUAUCUGCUGUCAUCUUAGUUGGACCAACUUCCCAUUUAUUUAUCUUAAAACUAUACAGUUACAUCUUAAUUCCAUCCAAAGAAGAUACAGUUUGAAGAUAGAGGUGUACUCUCUACAAUGCAAUUUACUGUACAGUUAGAAAGCAAAAGUGUUAAAUGGAGAAGAUACUUGUUUUUAUUAAACAUUUUGAGAUUUAGAUAAACUACAUUUUAACUGAAUGUCUAAAGCGAUUAUCAUUUUUUCCCCCAAGUUAGUCUUACAUCUUUUGGGUUUGAAUGAAGGUUUUACAUAAGAAAUUGUUAAAAACAAGGGGGGUGGGUAAUAAAUGUAUAUAACAUUAAAUAAUGUAACGUAGGUAUAGAUUCCCAAAUGCAUUUGGAUGUACAAAUCGACUACAGAGUACUUUUUUCUUAUGAUGAUUGGUGUAGAAAUGUGUGAUUUGGGUGGCCUUUUACAUCUUGCCUACCAUUGCAUGAAACAUUGGGGUUUCCUCAAAAUGUGUGUGUCAUACUUCUUUUGGGAGGGGGGUUGUUUUCUUUGGUUUAUUUUCUGAGACUCCUACAGGAGCCAAAUUUGUAACUUAGAGACAUUUAAUUUUGUUAAUCCUGUCUGGGACACUUAAGUAACAUCUAAAGCAUUAUUGCUUUAGAAUGUUCAAAUAAAAUUUCCUGACCAAAUUGUUUUGUGGAAAUAGAUGUGUUUGCAAUUUGAAAAUAACUUUCUGUUCAAAAGGCAAAAUUAAUGCCAUUUAAAAAAAUACAAACUAUGCUACUCUCAUACAGGGGACCCAUACUUUAAAAUCUCCAGACUUGCUUAUAUCUAGAUUAUCCAGCACAAUCAUAAAGUGAAUGACAAACCCUUUGAAUGAAAUUGUGGCACAAAAUCUGUUCAGGUUGGUGUACCGUGUAAAGUGGAGAUGGGGUAAAAGUGGUUAACAUACUAUUGGAUCAGCAAAUAAAAGUUACAGUUUUGUAAGAGAA